AUGAUUGGAUUUGGAAAUGUUGGGUGGUUUAGUUUGAUGAUUGAAUUUGGAAAUGUUUGGUGGUUUAAUUUGAUGAUUGAAUUUGGAAAUGUUGGGUGGUUUAGUUUGAUGAUUGAAUUUGGAAAUGUUGGGUGGUUUAGUUUGAUGAUUGAAUUUGGAAAUGUUGGGUGGUUUAAUUUGAUGAUUGAAUUUGGAAAUGUUGGGUGGUUUAGUUUGAUGAUUGGAUUUGGAAAUGUUGGGUGGUUUAGUUUGAUGAUUGGAUUUGGAAAUGUUGGGUGGUUUAGUUUGAUGAUUGGAUUUGGUGAUUAA